GCGUGUUUGCUUAGCCAUUUACGUUCAGUGUUCAGCGUUGAUCGUGUUGGUCACUCGUGAUCUCUUAUUGUGAUCGUUGCGUAUCGUAAUUUCGUUGCGUAUUAUCGCGUAUGUGCUGACGUUACGGGGAAAACUCGCGUACGAUCGAGAUCCGUGAUCUCUCCUUGUGUAUUUCUCGCGUCGAGAAACAUAGCAGAGAAAGACAGAAACAGAGCGAUCAUAGAGAAUGUCCGAAAUUGACGCAAAAGUGAACAUGUCGCUUGAUGAGAUCAUAAAGAUGGAGAAAAAGGAGAAGAAGAAAAAGUCAGGGACCACCAGCGGAAAGGCUGGUGCUAAACGCACACGGGGAAGCCCGCGAGGGCGUAAUGGAUUGAGAGGCAGAGGCAGAGGCGCCAGAAUAAAGCGUAACGUUGGAAUCGUUAAGAAAGAUCAAACAUGGCAAGCAGGCCAGAAUAACAAUAACAAUAAUAACAAUAUCAAUGUACGCGGUGGUUUCGUUCGAAAACGGUACAAGAAAAACACCGGCUUGACCAGGUCACGUAGCAAUUUGACAUUGAAUCAAAAAUCGAAUAUACGAGGAGUCUUUAACACUCGCCGUGCUCGCGGCAACAGAUUCGGUCUGACCCGUAGUAGAAGUCGCACAAAUUUGACUUUUACUCAGGGAGGAUUUUUCACCAACAAUAAGGCUACAUUGAAAAAAACGAACAGUCUACCGAAUUUGCGUGACCCUACGUCGGUUCACAAUCGGCUCGGAUAUCAGAGCCCUGCUCAAGUUGCUUACCGCAAUCGCGUUAAAAAAGCGAAGCAGUUGCUACUACAGAAACAGAAUCAGAGAUUAUCCUUACAAAAUCAGUUCAGACAAGCUUCGCAAGCCGGGAAGUCGGUGAUGUCGGUUCAACAGAGAUCCGCAGGAAGGAGGCAACAGAUUUUAACGUCCCAGCGUCGUUUCACGACGGGUGGACUGCGAUCGGACCAGAUUGCCCGCGCUCAAAGACGUGUCCAGUAUGAACAAAAAUUGAUGAGAAUGAAUACUGCAAGAUUAAACCCGAGCGCAAAUGUUAACUGUAUGUGUAAAUUGGGGAACGAGUACAGCCCUAGCAAACAUCCACGGCCUCUUAAUUUCACGCCGAACCAGAAUGGGAACACUCCGGACGGUAUGGGGGACAUUUACCAGCAGUGCAAACGUUUAAGCGUGAAUAUAAAAUAUAAAAGGCCUCUGUCACCGAUCUCGGAAACGGACGAUUACCGUAUGUUCAGUCAGAUCAUACACAGAAUAAGUGGAAGUCACACGAAUAGUACGCUUAACGAUAGAUUUAGCUACUAAGUCGAACAAGAGAAAUUUGUUUUGUAUUUAGAAUAUAAGACUGUUGAGGCCAGAAUUCAAAGCGUGCAACAUAAAUGCCUGAACAUAGUAAUUCAGUUUUAUCGAUGAUAUUAAUAUUUAACUUAUACGAAAUGAAUUUGCAAUUUAAAUAACUCUGAUGUCUUUCGUAUCUUUUCGUCUAUGUAAAAUAUAGAAGUAUUAAUAUUAUUUGAGGACGUCUGAAAGAUCAUGUUUUUCUUAAUUGAUGAAAUCGUAGUAACUUAAUAUAAUUCUUUCCCCAUUGUAAUUUUGCUGAGAGACGUGGCCUCGAUGAAACGAGUUUAACAUGUGUAUCUAAGAAAACGUAGUAGUAAUGAAAAUCAUUGAGCGUUAUAAUUACAUUCGAGUUUUCGAGAUUUUAGGAAUUUUGUUAAGGACGUAGUUCCUAAAAUAAUCAUAAGUCUGACUGGGGAAAUAAAUUCAUUUUUCGAGAAACGAUUGUUACGCUAAUUGAUAUAAGAAUUCAUUUUAAACUGUCGAAUACGAUGUACCAAUGAAAUACAGAAUUACAAUGUAGCAAGGUUUUUCUCUGUUAUACUUAGAAAUUGUACGCGCUUCUAAGGAAAUCAUAAUCAGAGUAUAAUUAAUAAGAGUACAAUGUAAAAGAUCGACUUUUUAUAUUUUAAUGUAUCAACAUAAUUUAAUACGUGUAUCUUCUGAGUACAUAUUAAAGAUUAGAGAGACAGAA